AUGAUGCGACGCCUCUGCUUUGUUCUGUCGCUACCCUGGCUCGUUAUCAGCACGAUUGCUAUACUCCCUGAACGAGCAGCUCCGCAGGUAGCUCACCGAAGUACUCCAGAAACGGCGGAAUGCCAGGAGCCGCACGACCGUGAAGCGCUCAGCGCUUUGGAGAAUCAGCGUAUGCACGCUCGCUCUCCGGAGCACAAGAACUCGAUACAGAUUCUCUACAAGGAAAACGUCUUCAGUUAUGUCCAUGAGUGGGGCGUCUACUUUGGGCCGCGCGGCAUCGCCGUCGAUCCCUGCAACCUCGGGCCCUUCAAGGAGGAUCAUUACGAAGUAACGGCUCGCCCAGGAAGCCCAAUCAGCGAUAUCGACACUCCUCCUCCUACACCAAAAGGGAGGUGGUCAGAGCUCUCUUCGCUUCCCACAGGGGCAGAUUGCUCGAUUGUGGGUGACGGGUUGGGCCCUCCAACACUCAAGUGUGGACAAGAUCGCACAAUGGCGUUCGCAAAGGACCCAGGGUACUGCGGCGCUGCAACAGGCUGUCUUGACGGCCCCAUCAAAUAUCAUCGGGCUUACUAUGUCGAAUUUACGCUGUAG